AUGAAGCGCCGACCAUUCGCGCUGGUGGCGGUGCUGCUACUGCUGUUGGCACACGCUUCCCUCGGCCUGGCUGCAAGCAAUCGAGCGCAUCGCCAGAUCGCCUUUUCCGAUCCUGCUCUCGCCGCAUCCCCAACAUCUGAACCCAACGAUGAAAGGCAGUGGCAUGCGCAUGCCAACGCUGCGCUCGUCGACGACGACGAUCCUGCGCCCGUGGCGGCGCUCCGACUCUCGCAUGCGGGUCUCUACAUCAACCAGGCACACGCGCCGUCGCUCAUCCACCGGCCCGAUCACGACAAUGCAACGCACGCCUUCCAGCCCCAUCCGCUCGUCGUCCACAUGGAUCCGGCGCUCUACAGCACUGCGUCGGCCACCGCCUCGAUCGGGCCCGUAAGGUUGAGAACGCGCGACCAGGUCAUGCUCCACUGCGGCAACGACGUCGGCGGCAUCGAGAGCUGCGAAUACGACGACCUCCAUCCCUCGUUGCGCCCAGCUGCUGCGACGCAUAUCGAAUUCGAGCAAGCCGACGCACUGGAUUGCCGCGCAACGCCGCUCUCGGUGGCAGCCGACGGCGCAUUCUUCCUCGACCAACGCUCCUGCCCGGGCUGGAGCAAGUACUGGCGCGCCGUCGAGCUCGCACGUUCCACGUCGCCGCACGAGCUGCUCCAGAGCUUCGUCGUGACCAUCAACGUGGCCAAGCUGCCGCCGGCUUCGGCAUCGUCGCAGUACGAGACGCACCGCUUCUGGAUCGGUCAGCUGCAUCUCGAGCAGUCGCGUGCGUCGUGGCCGCUCGCCGGCAAUGCGAGGGACCGCAGGCCCGGUCAGGACGACCGCACGUGGCAUCCGCACGACGUCAAUCGCAUCGCGGGCGCAAUGGAGAAUCCCAUGAUCCCCAAGUCGUCGCUCUUCACCAACGACCGCAACUACGGCGUGUACGUCGACCAGUCCUCCUGGACGCUCGGUGUGCAGAUCAAGAUCCCACUCUCGAUCACCAAUCCCCGCGGCGACGAUGAUGACGAUGACGACGACGACGAGGGCAGCGUGCAUGCCAACAUGAUGCUGCCGCCGGAAGAGGUGUUUGCGCCCGUGAGCGGGCAGGUGGUGUGGGCGCGCGACUACACCUUCCGCCGGCCGCCGCUGUUCGGGCCGGCUGCGGGCUUGAACGACGAGGCGAGCUUCUGCGUGAUGGUGCGCGACGAGUGGUCGAUCGUGUAUCAGAUCUUUGGGCUCGAUGCGGCCACGGUGGGUGUGCGCGAGGGCGACACGGUGCUGCGCGGUGAUGUGCUUGGACAUGCACUGCGCGAAGGGCUGUCGGUGGAGCCGCCGUCGACUGAGCCUCCGGCCGACCAUGCGCCGUCGAAGCCCGACGACGAGGUGUCGUUCUAUCCGCACCGCUACCGCACGCUCGAGGUGCGUGUGGCGCGUCCAAACCCCAACUGGAGCGAGUGGAAGCAUCCGGACGAGAGCGGAUGGCAGUACUUCCACCCGCUGCACGUGUUUACCGAGGGCAACUCGUACCGCUCGAGCAUCACGCCGUACGGCUCGCCCACCAUCAUCUACUUUUCCAAGCCCUCGGUGGAUCCGCUCAACACGCCGCCCAAUGCGUACGCGACGAGCAACGACUUUUGGACGCCCACGCUCCAGGGUCCCACCGAGAUCAUCGUUGGCUUCGAGUACUUCCAGCAGACCCCGGGCGAUCCUGCGGAUGGGAUGGAGAAUCUGGCGAUCUAUGCGCUCGACGUGGGCAUCCGCAAGAAGCGCACGGGCGAACGCGAAGCUGCGCGUGGCAUGGAGUGCGAUCUGGGCGGCGAUACGGAUCCGAGCGGUACGGACGACAAGGAUCGAGCGUACUGGCGUACGGUGUUUGAGCAUGCCAAGCUGCCCAACAACUGGACACCGAGCGUGGAGGGCGGCAGCGAGUACGGAUGGAGGAGCAAGCUGUUUUCGCACUACAUGCCCGCCUUUUCGCACGGCCGCUUCUUUCCCGAAAAGAUCACGAGCCAGUUCGACGACAAGGAGCGCAGGCUCUACUACUCGGCCAGCCGCACAGUGCGCGGCGAACCCAAGCUGGGCGGCGCGCUUAAUGUGCAGUCGAUCAUCGAGCGCGACGGCGACGAGGGAGGUAGGGGAAAGUACCGCCUCGUGGUGCGCGCCCGCGACUAUUGGGGCAAUCUUGGAUGCCUCGCCUCGGACGUCUUGCUUGCCUGA